GGCUUGACUGACAUUUAAUGGUCAAAUUUUUCAGCUCCCUGCUAAAACAUACAUCUUCCGGCAUCAGUGGGCAGUAGCGAGAGAUUCCAAUCGCUAAAUAGCUGUGCAUUUCAGUUGAUGUCGAUCCGUCUGUAGAAAAAGACAGUUUUUCGGGUAGCGUUUGUUGUUGUUGAGUUUAAAACAUGGCUUUAAAUCCACAAUACGAAGAAAUCGGUAAAGGGUUCGUCACCCAAUACUAUGCCUUAUUUGAUGACUCAGCUAGUCGACCGCAAUUGGUUAAUUUAUACAACGCCGAGCUCUCCUUUAUGACAUUCGAAGGGCAACAAAUACAAGGUGCAGCUAAAAUUUUGGAAAAACUUCAGAGCCUUACCUUCCAAAAUAUCAGCCGUGUACUGACCGCAGUGGACUCGCAACCCAUGUUUGACGGAGGAAUCUUAAUCAAUGUCCUAGGAAGAUUGCAAUGCGACGACGAUCCGCCACACGCGUACUCUCAGACGUUUGUGUUGAAACCACUCGGAACUUCGUUCUUCUGUGCGCACGAUAUUUUCCGCCUUAACAUUCACAACACGGCAUAAACGAACGGCGGGGAAGAUUUAAAGCUGCCACAUCAUUAAAUUAGUUUGGAAAUUAAAAUUUUGCAACUUUAAGCCCAUUUACGUUAAUAUGAAUUGAAUUGAAAUUGAAAUGUCUAGUAGGACCCAUAAAUAUCAGGGAAUGCCGAAGACGGUUACGACACCACGAUGCAGUGAGGAGCUCUUAUGAUUUUACAAUAAACAAUGCUUUAUUAAUAAUCCAG